AUGGCAACUAUCGAAAGAGAUCACUGUGUUCUCAAUCACGUUCUCUCUCAUAUAAUAAUAGCAGUGAUAUUCUUGCUUUCUUUGAAAAUCACAGCUUCGCCAACAACAGAAGCUCAAGUCCUUGUGAAAUGGAAAAACAGCCUACUAUACACUCCUUUACUCAAUUCAUGGUCCCCCUCCAACAUUCACAACCUUUGUAGCAGUUGGGAUGCCAUUGUUUGUGACAAAACAACAAACACAACUGUCUCACGGAUAUACCUCUCUGGUCUCAAUCUCAGUGGCACCCUUCAUGGCUUGGAUUUUGCUUCCCUACCAAACGUCACUCACCUUGACCUCAAUGAUAACAACUUUAUUGGGUCAAUACCACCUCAAAUUGGCAGCCUCUCCAAACUCACUUUCUUGGACUUUGGAAGCAACAACUUUUCAGGGACAGUGCCAUAUGAGAUAGGACAUUUAAGGGAACUCGAAUAUCUCAGCUUCUACGACAACAGUUUCAAUGGUGCUAUUCCCUAUCAGGUCAUAAGUCUCCCAAAGGUAUGGUACCUUGACUUUGGAGGAAACUACUUUGCAUCUCCUCCUCACUGGUCUGACUAUUCAUGCAUGCCUUCCUUAACAUACCUUGACUUGUCUUACAAUUCAUUCACUCCCGAAUUCCCAACUUUCACAAUGAAGUGCCACAACUUGUCGUUCCUAGACCUCUCUCUGAACUAUUUUAAUGGCACAAUACCAGAAUCAUUGUAUACCAAUUUGGCCGAGCUUCAAUACCUGAACCUCUCACGUUGUGGGAUGGAAGGACCAUUGUCGUCCAAUUUAUCCAAGCUCUCAAACCUCAAAGAGCUUCGUAUGGGUGACAACAACUUCACUGGUCCUAUUCCCAUGGAAAUAGGAUUCAUAGCUGGGCUUCAAAUUCUUGAUUUGCAUAACAUUUCAGCCCGCGGGAAAAUUCCAUCAUCCCUAGGCAAUAAUCUAGCAGGUCCCUUGCCUUUUUCAUUAUCGAAUUUGACCAAGCUCUCUGAAUUGGGAUUAUCAUAUAAUCCCAUUUCUGGUCAACUCUCUGCCUCACUAAUUUCUAAUUGGACUGAGUUGACAAGUCUGCAACUCCAACAAAACUGGUUGACAGGAAAGGUCCCUCCAGAAAUUGGUCUGUUAAAGAAAAUUGAGUACCUCUGUUCGUCCGGCAAUGAAUUUUCUGGUCCCAUUCCUAAAGAGAUUGGAAGCAUGAGGGAAAUGAUAAAUUUAGACUUUUCUGGAAACCACUUUUCUGGUCCCAUUUCCAGAGAAAUAGGAAACCUCAAGUCACAGCAGUACUUUGAUGUCAGCAGUAAUAAUUUGGAGGGAGAGUUGCCAAACAGCAUAGCUCAACUAACUGCUUUAGAAUACUUUUUUAUGUUCUCCAACAACUUGUCAGGCAGCAUCACCAGAGAUUUUUGGAAGUACAAUCCUAAUUUAAGUACUGUUUAUCUUUCUAACAACUUCUCAGGACUACUGCCACCUGACUUGUGCAGUGGCAUGAUGCUAUCUAUUUUGGCAGUCAAUAACAACAGCUUUUCGGGGAUUUUUCCAAUGUCCUUCAGAAAUUGUUCAACACUAACUACAAUAAGGCUUGAUGGCAAUCAUUUCUCUGGAAACAUCACAGAAACACUAGGGGUUUAUCCAAGUCUUGGUUUUCUAGACCUGCGCUCUAAUGAAUUCACGGGAAAUAUACCCCAUAGAUUUUUCAGAUUGGCUAAUCUUACCUUCCUUGAUUUAUCUAAUAACAACUUGAGUGGAAGCAUUCCUAAUGACUGUGAAACAUUCAAUGCAAUCUCUCUUGAAAUUCUCAACUUGUCUCACAACAACUUGGCAGGAAUAAUUCCACAAUGUUUGGGAACCUUACCCUCUCUCACAGUUUUGGAUUUGCAAAUGAACAACCUUUAUGGAACCUUACCAGGAAGCUUCUCUAAAGUUAUGAUGGCACUCUUUACGACAUUGAAACCCGCCCGUAAUAAUGCUGGAUUACGGAAUCAUGCCUCAACUUUAGCACCAUCUCUCUCACCUCUUCCAACUCAUUUACAAAAUAUCUCUAAUUUUCGAUAUGAACCUCCAAAGAUCUUCACUUGA